CGGAGACGCGCACUUCAAUCUCGGUAGAUUGCCAGACAUGGCGGCGGAUCUGAACCCGGAGUGGCUCUCUUGCCUCCCGUCUUCUUGGAGUUAUGGGGUAACCAGGGACGGGCGCGUCUUCUUUAUCAAUGAAGAAGCGAAGAGCACAACCUGGUUGCAUCCAGUCACUGGCGAGGCCGUAAUUACUGGCCAUAGAAAAACUCCAGAUUUGCCAACUGGAUGGGAGGAAGGCUACACGUUCGAGGGAGCCCGGUGCUUCAUAAAUCACAAUGAGCGGAAGGUGACCUGUAAGCACCCUGUAUCAGGCUUACCCUCGCAAGACAACUGCAUCUUUGUCGUCAACGAACAAACUGCCCCAAAAACACCAACGCCCGUACCAGCGAAUGAGAAGAAAGAACGACCAGUGAGCACCAUGAGUGAAGCUUCCAAUUACACCGGAGGGUCUGACUACGCCACCCACCCCGUCAGCCCAGCAGGCAGAGCUUCAAGAUCUUCCAAAAAAAUUCACAAUUUUGGGAAGAGAUCCAAUUCCAUAAAGAGAAACCCCAAUGCACCAGUUGUUAAGAGCAACUGGCUCUACAAGCAGGACAGCACAGGGAUGAAGCUGUGGAAGAAGCGAUGGUUCGUGCUGUGUGACAUGUGCCUGUUCUACUAUAGAGACGAGAAAGAAGAAGGCAUCCUUGGAAGCAUCCUCCUGCCCAGCUUUCAUGUAUCCAUGCUUUCUGUGGACGACCACAUCAACAGGAAAUACGCCUUCAAGGCGACGCAUCCGAACAUGCGGACGUACUACUUCUGCACGGACACGGCCAAAGAGAUGGAGUCCUGGAUGAAGGUGAUGACGGACGCAGCCUUGGUGCACACAGACCCGGUGAAGAGGAUGGACAGGCUGAAGGUGGAGCACCGCCUGCCCCAGGAGGUGAACAACGUGAUGAACCACCGGGUCCUGACCCGGCCCGAGGCGCAGAACAACGAGCGCAACCGCGAGGCGGCGCCUCCGCCCCUGGCCCUGCCGCCGGAGGAGAGGAAGCAGAAGGACGCGGAGAAGUACGGCUUCCAGCAGGACGGCGUGGAGCGGCCGCUCACCAAGAUCAACAGCGUCAAGCUGCAGCCGGCCCAGGCGGCCGCCAUCGCCGCCGCCGUCAACUCCUCACGCCAGCAGGCCAACAGCGCCGGCACCGCCCCGCCCGCCCUCUACAAGCCCCCGCAGGUCAACGGGUCCGGGGACCGCACCCCGGGGGAGGUGGGCAACGCCCUGCCCCCCAGGGCCCCCUCCCAGGCCCCGGCCCCCGCCCCGGCCCCGGCCCCAGAGCCCGAGAGGACGCUGCAGAGGACCAACUCCAUGCAGCAGCUGGAGCAGUGGGUCCGGGUGCAGAGAGGCCGCGGCCAGGAGGAAGAGACGCGCAGCAUCACCUCCUACCAGACCCUCCCGCGGAACAUGCCCAGUCACCGGGCGCAGGUGGUGCCCCUGUACCCCGAGGGGUACCGCACGCUCCCCCGGAACAUGCUGCGGCCCGACAGCAUCUGCAGCAUGUCCCCGUCGGUGUACGACCGGGCCCUGGGGCCCCAGGCGGACAAGCGGAGGUCCAUGCGCGACGACACCAUGUGGCAGCUGUUCGAGUGGCAGCAGCGGCAGGCCUACACCAAGCAGGGCCCGCCGCUGGGCUACGGCACCCUGCCCAGCCCCAAGACCAUGGUCAACCUGUCGGAGCACGUGGCCCACUCCAUCCCCCCCUCUCCCUCCCACGGCUCCCUGGCCCACUACCAGGGCUACUCGCCCCUGCGCUCCUACUCCAACAUGAGCACCCGCUCCGAGGUGUCCUCGCCCGUCUUCAGAGGGGACGUCUCCAUCGACCGCCGCCACCGGCCGCACAUCCCCAAGCAGUACGCCUACCCGCCCGACCGGAGGUCCAUGCCCGCCGGGAUCCCAGCGCCAACCAUCACCCCUCAGGCCCUGCAGGGCAAGACGCCCGAGGAGCUGACGCUGCUGCUGAUCAAACUCCGGCGACAGCAGGCGGAGCUCAACAGCGUCCGCGAGCACACGCUAACGCAGCUAAUGCAGCUCAACCUCGACACCGGCAACCCAAAGAACGAGAUUCUGUCCCAUCACCUCCAAAGGAACCUCAUGUAUUUGGACAGCCAGAUGAAGGAAAACGAGCCCUUAAUCAUCAUGAGUCACACAAUGAUUGAGAACUCGGCGCCAAGGCCGCAACUGUACCAGCAAGUGACCCCAGACGACUACAGAGAUAACUCCUAUAUUUACAGACCGGAGGAGCUGGACAUUGAUGCGAAGCUGAGCAGGCUCUGUGAGCAGGACAAGGUGGUCCGGACACAGGAGGACAAGCUGCAGCAGCUCCACAGAGAGAAGCACACCCUGGAGACGGCCCUGCUCUCGGCCAGCCAGGAGAUCGAGCUGAGCGCCGAUAACCCCGCGGCCGUGCAGUGCGUGGUGCAGCAGAGAGACGUGCUGCAGAGCGGCCUACUGAGCACGUGCAGAGAGCUGUCCCGCGUCAACAACGAGCUGGACCGGUCCUGGAGGGAGUAUGAUCGGCUGGAGACUGAUGUCACUUUGGCGAAGAACAAUCUCCUGGAGCAGCUGGAGGCACUAGGCAGCCCUCAGACGGAGCCCCCCAGUCAGCAGCAUGUGCAGAUCCAGAAGGAGCUGUGGAGAAUACAGGAUGUGAUGGAGGCCCUGAGCAAGAACAAGCCCCAGCGAAGCACUGACAACAUGGGUUUCUUGGGCAAUCCUAUUUCAAACAAAAAUAAGAGUGAGGGGCCGGACUACAGGCUGUACAAGAGCGAACCUGAGCUCACCACCGUGGCCGAGGUGGACGAGACCAACGGAGAGGAUAAGUCAGAGCCAGCCAGCGAGAAGGAUCCCUCCGGCAAAGGCAUGUCGUAUCCUGUUGGGAUUGUGCCCCCAAGAACAAAGUCUCCCAUGCCAGAGUCGUCCACCAUCGCUUCCUACGUCACGCUGAGGAAGACCAAGAAGCCAGAGCCCAGGACGGACCGUCCGCGCAGCGCGGUGGAUCAGCUGUGCCAGCCGGACGCGGGGCGGCCCAGGAUGAGCGUGGAGGAGCAGCUGGAGCGGAUCCGCCGGCACCAGCAGGCCUCGCUGCGCGAGAGGAAGAAGGGCCUCAACGUGCUGGGGGCCCAGGAGAACUCGCCCUCCCGCACCCCCUCCUUCUCUAAGGAGAACCCCUUCCGCACUGCGCAGGGCCGGAAGCGGGAGGAGGUGCUCUCCAGUGACAUCCAGGAGCUGGAGGCCUCUCUGCGCGAGCAGGACCUGGUGAAGGAGCAGGAGACCCCCGCGGAGGAGAUCGCCCGGCUGAAGGAGGUUGCGCAGCAGGAGAGCUACAGCAUGGAGAGAGAGCUGUCUAAGCCAGAGAAGGUUGUCAUCCCAGAGCGCUACGUGGAGUUGGAGCCAGAGGAGGCUCUGAGCCCGGAGGAGGAGGCUGACAAGCAGAAGAAAGUGGAUCGAAUCAAAGCUCUGAUUGCCAAAAACAGCAUGCAGAGCGUGGUCCCCACAGCGGCUCUGAGCCCACAGGGGGACGCAGAAGAGGAGAGCCCGGUCGCCCCGCAGGAGAAGAUCAUCAACAUCUCCUACGAGCUGGCGGCCGAGGCGUCCAAACGCAGCAAGCUGGUGGCGGUGAACCUGUCCACUCCACCUCAGUCCCCGACCUCCCCAUCUCCACCCCCACAGCUCGCAGACGGAUCUCACUUCAUGUGUGUGUAGUGGCCAGACCCAAGCCCUGGCCUCGGUGAAGACCUACACCUGAGGAGGGGUGGGGACGGAGACGCAUGACGCGGGUCUCCUGCGCAGGCGCCCGGGACUGGCUGCGCAGACGGCGAGCGCGCAGCGGUGCACUGUGGGAUACACACUCUGGACCCAAGCUCCGCCACCCUCAUGCCUCAAACUGUGACAUCACUUCCUCCACGCCAUGAGACAACAGAGGACACUAGUUAUUUCUUCAUAUUAUUGAAAUUGUUAUCACAAUUGAUGAUGAUAUUAUUAUUAUUAUUAUUAGUUUCUUUCAUUCUUUGGACGUGGGCCUUGGUGAGAAGCCUCAGGUGCCCGUGAGUUUAACACGCUUGUGAAGAAUGAAGGCUGUACAGGUGUACAUACAAGCACCAGAGUGGACCUUCACCCCCCGCGGAGACCUUUGAGGCACCCAAAAACACACACCCACCCACAUGCGUACGCAGAGAGACACAAGCAGUUUUAUAGUAACCAUUCAGGAGCACAGAUAUUCUGCCUGGGAUUUCUUAGUCUUGCUGCUUAUUUUAGUUCAGUCAGUGUUUUCCUUCUUUUUUUUUUUUUAAACAAAUAAAUUUUCGUUCUGAUUUUACUGCUCACCUUUUACAUUACACUUCUCGUUUUUAGCAAUUCAGUGUACAAACCAUAUUUGUUUUUAUAUGAAAAAAAUAUAAAUAUAUAGUUGAUUUCUAAUUCAAUAAGGUGCCACUUUAUUGCUGCAGAUGGACAGAUUUGUAAUAUUUUUUGGGUUGUAAUUAUUUAUACGUCGGGUCGUCUGCAGUUCCUGCCGCACUGUUGCCGACACACACAUGAAUGUUCUGGCUUUAAAUCUGCUUCUAUAUUUUGUUUUCUAUUGCUGAGAUCUAUUUAAAAAGAGAAGAUAAGGUUUGGUUCUGUUUGUUGGCUGGUUUGGAGGCUUGGAGAAGAGUAGCACAUGUAUAAAGCAAUAAGCAGGUUUUGUUAAUCCAGGACUGUGGUUUAGUGUACAAAUGUAAUUACAAAGAGUUCAUUGUGUAUAUACUGUAUACCAUACAAUGAGCAGAGCUGAUAUAACUAUAAGAUGCUACUUAUUAGAGUUAAUAUGCAAAAUGUUCAUAUCUCAUCUGUUUUAUAUCAUGUUAAAUAAAUGUUGAUGUUCUUA